AUGAACCUCUCCCAAAUCUUCCUCAGCCUCAUCGCCACCGUCUCCGCCAUUGACGUAUACGGCUACCGUAGCAACGAAAAGUGCAGCCGCGGCGACUACAUUGUCUGCACAAACGUGAACCCGAACGAUUGCUGCAUCCGCGCCUCGGGCGACGUCUUCCGCAGCAUCGGCUUCCGCGCCAUCCCGACCAACUGGAAUAUUGUCGGCCGCGCCCACAGCGGGGGCGACUGCAAGAACCUCAAGUACGUCACGCAGUCCAACGGCCGGGAGAAUAUCUGCUGCGGCGGCAGCAACUACUCUGGCGGAAACUACGGGUUCGUCUCCAAGAAGCGCUCUGGUGACGCCGAGGCUACCUGCGCCGCCACUGUGGGUUGCUCCUCUGUUGCGAGGGGCGACUUGAUGGUUUUUGAAAACGGGCCCAAGUUGAAUUUGACUGGUCUUGACGAUACUCUUUACACUGAACUGAAACCAACCCUUCCUCCCCCUUUAGUCGUCACUUUUGCUGACCUCCUUCUUACCAACAGUAUUUCUAUCUGGGAGAACGGCGGAACCUCGGAUGAGAUCCCGACCAAGUUCGACGCCUACAAGCUUGAGUAG